AUGAACGUCCUGACUGACGUGCAUCAGAUGUACCUUUCAGAUCCAACUGCUGCUGCACUGAAAGGAGCCAUCCAGCUGGGCAUUGGGUACGCUGUGGGGAACCUGACAUCCAAGCCUGACAGAGAUGUGCUCAUGCAGGAUUUCUACAUGGUGGAGAGUGUCUUUCUACCCAGUGAGAGGAGCAACAUGACCCCAGCGCACCACUUCCCAGACUUCCGCCUCAAAACCUACGCCCCUCUCGCCUUCCGCUACUUUAGGGAGCUCUUUGGCAUCAAAGCAGAUGACUACCUGUACUCCAUCUGUAAUGAGCCUCUGAUCGAGCUGUCCAACCCCGGGGCCAGCAGUUCCUGGUUCUACCUGACCAGCGACGAUGAGUUCAUCAUUAAGACAGUGCAGCAUAAAGAGGCUGAGUUCCUGCAGAAACUCCUUCCUGGUUACUACAUGAAUCUGAAUCAGAACCCGAGGACACUGCUACCUACAUUCUACGGCCUGUACUGCAUCCAGAGUGCCGGGGUCAACAUCCGCCUGGUGGUGAUGAACAACGUGUUGCCCAGGGCCCUCCAGAUGCACUACAAAUACGACCUGAAGUGCUCCACCUACAAACGCCACGCCUCGUGCAGGGAACGCGCCAAGUUCUCACCCACCUUCAAAGACCUGGACUUCCAGGAGAUGCUUGAGGGCCUGCACUUUGAUGGCGACACGUACAGUGCAUUAAUGAAGACACUGCAGAGGGACUGCAGGGUGAGGCCACUCGCAGUAGAUUCACUUACUUAUUGAUAUUGCAUAUUCAAAACAUGAAGGCUAGUCAAAUGUGUGUUGUUAGAGGGACAUUUUAGUUCCUUCAGUAGCAUUUGGUUGGAUAUUUCUCAUUGAACUUUGAACCCACAUUGGCAAUAAUGUUACAUAAGGAUGACUGGCCUCUUCUACAUCACCUUGAGCCCUUCUGAAUGACUGCAUUAUUACUCAACAGAGGAACUGGACAGAGGCAGAAUAACAAUCACCCAACACAACGUGGUAGGUAGGCAGCAGCACAGUAAGGUAACUCAGGCAUUGUUAAGGCCUUUGUUUAGAGGAGUUAUAGUGUCACAUCAGUGAUGGUCAGAAGCAAUGUUCCCUCUAAGCUGUGCACGAGAUUGAA